CUUAACUUUUGGGACCCCUACUAUGAGAGAGACCUACCCAAGGAAGUGCAUCAUCGUCAUUUUAAUUCAUCCUCGACUCCUUUUGACACUUGUACUCUCAUCUCUUUACUGAUUCCGAAACUCAUAUUUUCUCGUCAUCGGCAUCUCCGAGAUCCUCGAAUGCUCAUACAUGUAGCAGUCUAUUUUUUUCCCUGUAUAUCGAAACAAAAUACUUGUCAAAACGUGUGUGCGCUUGAGACCUCGGACAACACCCCUCGAGAGCCUGAGAGAUGGCACGUAACAUUCGCCAGCAGGCACUCGAGAAGAUUGCCGUGCUUUCUGCCACAUGCUCCGCGACCUCCUUCGACAGAUCCGACCUUGAUCGCUUGUGCAGGGCUACCAAUGCUCGUGGGAAAGGAAAAGAAGCAGCCAAUGGCUCCUCGAGGGGCUACUCGUCAUCGCUGGCUCGCGUUCCUAUGACCAUCCGCGAAUUCGAAGUUCUCAUUUCUCUUUGCAAAGCUGCCCCCAUGAUUCGGGGUAUUCAGAGCGCCCAGAGACUCGUUAGCCAGCUCGUCCCCUAUCUCCUCGAAGCUCACGCGCAGACCUUCCUUUCCUCGCCCGCCUUCAGCAAGAUGGAACCGUCGCCAAUCGAAACAUUGGCCUCAAGUGUCACCGCCGCUUUGUUAUCGCUUGGGAAUAGCUACGAUGACCUACACGAGAUCGUGUCUGAUACUGUUCGGGGUUUCCUUUCCGCGGCGCGUACGGCAAUCCACGCCGUCACCCCUUCCAAGUUUGACGAGGGCGUGCACCCGAACCUCGAGGAUGCCACGCGCAUUGCAACCAUAGCUAUAUCUUUAAUCGGGUUCUUAGAUGCCGCUUCCGCCCAGACUAACUUUUGGCGGACCGGCGGAAGGCUUGCCUUGAUUCAGAAGGUCAGCGACCUGCUUUCUGAAUCAUUCCUCAUUGCUGUAGAUGGGGCAUUUUCCAUCAUUCGGAAUACCCACACGUCGGAUCGCAAUGCCAAGGACUGGAAGAGAUGUCUUCGACACUACGCCAAUCACGGGAGACCUUUAGGCCCUCUUCUGUUGCAGAGGAGCUUUAUGUGGCUCUUGGUCUCUACAACCUCGCUUUUGAUCACUGAUGUCAAGCUUCUCAAGACCUCUCACAUCCUUGACUUAUUAAUGUCAAAAGACGACCUGCUAAAACCGGGCAGUUUGACCACUCCGGAUGCCAAUUUCCAGUCAAUUGAAUUAUACGCGAGCAUUGCUCAGGAGGAGAUGGAACACGUAGAGGCCAGCGCCGAUUUCAUUCAGCUGGCCUCACCCUCUCACCAGAGGUUGGCCUGUGCUGUGAAGGCCGGUGCCAUUAUUAGUUUCUUGAACUGUUCGGUGCUCAAUGAGGAUGCCGCCGAUCCGGACCUUCUUAUGGGCUGGCUUCAGGAGUGUCUAGAAAACUCGGCGCAGAUGCUAGAUGAGACGUUAGCCUCGACGGUUCUUCGGUCAAUGGCUGUCCUGUCUAGAACCUUGCCGAACUUCGCCCCCAAUGUUAUUCGGCUCCUGCCUCGAUUCAUCGUUCAAACCACGCUGUCUAGCAAUAUCGUUGCUGUGGCCUCGAAAUGUUUGGCGUCAGCCUUGAACGUGCUGUCUCAAGAUGCGGUCAUUACAACGCUUUAUACCCUUGGAAAUGUGCUGAGCCCCGACACUGACCAGAACGUCGUAAAUGGGUCUGCUAGCGAGCUGGGGGGCAAUGCCGCCGUAUUGCCGAACGUUUACCCUGGGAGACAGGCUACGGGAAGCGAAAUUUCGCUCCAGAUUCAUGGCGAGGAAGACACCACCAUGGUGUACGCGAACAUCGUCCAGGCGAUAUGUGGUAUUGCAGAUAUAUGCAACGAUGAGAAGAUCACAGCGCUUGCGCAAGCAAUGCUUCUGCAAAAGUUGACCAAAGUCAACCACCUUGUCGACAGCCAUAUUAUUGUCGGCGCCAGCUUUUUAUCCCUAAGCGGUGGGCAGCUGGAGUUCAGGUCUCUUCUCAGGUUGUAUUCGAGGCUCUGCCACAACGCAUCCGCCGAUAACAACGCCGUGAUCCUCGAUGCAGUUAGGAAGGCUCGAAAUCACAUAUCGGCGAAUGUGAAGCGGCACUCACCACUAUUUGACAUUUAUCUAGAGCACAUGCUGGAGGAGCUUAUUUCCAAGGGAGACGUGCAUCAGUCCCAGCACAUGAAAGAGUCUGAUGUCGAAUUCGCAGCGCUCGAGAUUGCCCAGCUUCUCCAGCCUCUCUCCAUAUUGAUGUCAACGCAUGAAUUUGCUGCUGAGCUGGAUGAUGACAAGCAUUCGCUAAUCCGCGAUGUUUGGUUUAAUAUUGUUGUGCACGGCUUCACGCCAGUAACCGAAAAGGGUCAGAAGUAUGUCAAUGAGUUGCGUGUCAUGGCUAUCCACUCUCCACCACUUGUUGCCGAGCAGCGAGGCGAGCAGCUCGAGAGCGAUAUAGAGCUAAACACUGUUCUUCGCCGAGCCAAUACCUCCGAUCGGGAGGCUAAGCAGAAAAGGCAGCUCACAGAACUUGUACCCACCAAGGCAGCUGAUAUCAGGGGAUUAAGCUACAGAAAAGCUAUAUUCCUACAGGCCGCGUACCUAGUUGAAAGCCUGCGAGCCGACUCUGGCGAUUGCACCAAGACUCUAUCAUAUUAUCUAGAGCCUAGCAUGCGCAACGAGAAUGUGCGAAGUGUUAUGGAGGGGAUCACGGCAGUUGUGCUCGAAAAAUACUUGUCCAAGACCCUCGAGGCGAAGCUGCCGACAUUUUCUGCUCACUAUGCGGCAUCGCAACUUGCGGCAAUCUUCUGCGGGUGUUGUCACCGCAUCCAGCGUGUUCAACAAGCCGCAUUCUACUGCGCCGACAAGUUCAUCCGGGAGAUCCCAUCAUCUCUUUGUCAGAAAUCAUCACUAUAUGCACUCCUCGAGUUACUGUCUCUGAUGUGGACAAGUUGCUUUGAGGCCGAGACCGAAAUGUACGAUCCGCGAUCGGUCUUCACGUCCCGAUUGGGGCGUGUUAUAGUUGAGCUCUCAGAUGACUACGCCUUCAGAAAGACGACGCUAAACAACCUGUAUACGAGAGCCAAGAGUUGGGUUUCACUCGUGAUAAAUCUAUCGCCUGCGGAUGUCAAGGGCCUGCUCCAGACAUACUUGUCUGAAUUUGACGACGAUGGUGCUUACGAACACAUGUCUCUCGGUCGGUCGUUUGCUCUGGAGAUGGGAUCUUCAAUACCUGCUACAGAUCAAAAACUGACGUCUCUGGAUCCUGUCGGCGAAACUGCCAUCAACACCGCAUCCCACUUCGUCGCCCAAUACACGACCCGUCAAGAAUAUAGAUACGGCGAAGCGCUUGCCCACCAUGGUAAGGAUCUUAUCAACCUCUUGCCAGAAGUGCGACGGGAUUCCUUCAUCAGAUCUGCCCCGACCGAUCGUGCCGACGCCGUUGCAGCGUUGGCUCAUGUGGAGUCUCGUCUAAUCGGCAAAAGAAAUGCCCCCCUACACGAAUUGAGGGAUAUCCUCCGGAGAGCGGCGGCUCUGCUAUGUCGUAGUGAGAAAGAUGAGAGUGCCAUCACCCAUUAUCUCGUCAGCAUUCCCUUCGGAAUAUUCACCAAAGAGUCCAUAAAUUUUGGGGUUUCUCUCUGGCUCGGUGUCAUGAACGAGAAUCCUCGAAUGCAGUCGAGGUUACUGGUUGAAAUAGCCCAGCAGUGGGAGGCCGUCAUCCAUAAGAAGCUCGGGUUGUUUAACCCUACCUUGAUGCAUCCGGAUCCCUUCUUUCUCAAAGAGGAGUUUGCCCCAAGUGAUAAUGAGGGCCUUGCGAAGCGACGGCAGCAGGUUCACAACCUGCUAGCUCCACAUACCCGAUUGACACAAUUCUUCAACAGUCACUUCAAUGCUACCCGACUCGGCAGUCCAGAUACGAAUAGGAUCUUUCUUCGCACGCUGGACAUAACUCUCGACGCCCUCAAGAACUCGGUUUCCCACCCUAUGGCUCGAGAGCUCCGCCUAAGGAUCGUUCUCUUUAGCCUCAAAGUACUGAGGAUGAGCACAGCUGUUCCUCCAUUAAUCCAGUGGCGCCUCAAGGACAAGAUUCUCUCUGCGGCUCUGAGCUGGUUUAAGUUUUCGCCGAAAUGGUCCUUCGGAAGCAACCUACUCCAGUUGAAGACGGAAGUGCGACUGAUCGGCGAUGUCAUGAGUGCUCUCGGGGCUCUUUCCUACAUUGGGGCUCAGGCAAUCGGCAACUUCAAAGUCUUAGCCCAAAAGGAGGCGCUACUUCAAAUCCUACUCGAGAGCGAACUAGCCAGAUUGAAUGUUUGGGUCCAUCCGUUGAACGACAGCCACUAUCCACGACCUCAUAUCUUGACGCACUCUGGCAGGACGCUACUUGAGACAACUCUUAAACCUCUUGUCCGAGUGGCCUGGACCGAGAACCCUUCUCUGGCAAUCGAGCUAGUCAGCAGAUUUCCGAUCCCAGCCGUGCAGAACGAAGUCCGGUGGCUGCUCCUAAACUUCCCUGAUAAGGCAAUAUCCGAACCCGAGGCUCUGCCAAUACUACUAGGAGGCGAACUACCGCCUGACGUUCGAUUCCAGCUAAAGUACCUACUCUUCUGGGCCCCCGUCAAUCCCGUAACCGCUGUUACAUACUUCUUGCCAUCGUACCGCAACCAUCCGUUCCUCAUCCAGUACGCCAUGAGGACCUUAGAGUUCCAUUCAAUCGACGUCACUUUCUUCUAUGUACCGCAAAUUGUACAGGGUCUCCGAUUUGAUGUUCUUGGAUAUGUGGAGCGUUAUAUCAUCGAAACUGCACAAUUUUCUCAACUCUUUGCGCAUCAGAUCAUCUGGAACAUGAAGGCAAACUCUUACAAGGAUGAUGAUGCUACAAUUCCCGAUGGUAUAAAGCCCGCUCUUGACAAGGUAAUGGAGAAGAUGGUUGGUAGCUUUUCCGACGAAGACAGGAACUUCUACGAAAGGGAGUUCGCGUUCUUCGACGAGGUCACCAGCAUAUCCGGAAAGCUCAAGCCACUGAUUAAGCGGGAUAAGCCAGAAAAGAAGCAAAAGAUCGAGGAGGAGCUCAGGAAGAUCACAGUUGAUGUUGGGGUCUAUCUCCCUAGUAAUCCCGAUGGCGUCGUUAUCGGCAUCGACCGUAAGUCGGGCAAGCCACUCCAGUCUCAUGCCAAAGCUCCAUUCAUGGCCACAUUCCGCAUCAAGAAAUCAAAGGGCAACGUUGGAGGAUUGGAGGAGGCGUCGCAGGAUACGGGCAAGACGGACGGAACGCCAACGGAAAACACGAUCGAGGUGUGGCAGAGCGCCAUCUUCAAAGUCGGCGAUGACUGUCGGCAGGAUGUGUUGGCGUUGCAGAUGAUCGCCGCCUUCCGUGGGAUCUUCCACAGUGUCGGCCUCGAUGUCUUCGUUUUCCCAUACCGGGUGACUGCCACCGCACCCGGCUGUGGCGUGAUCGACGUCCUACCCAACUCCAUCUCCCGAGAUAUGCUCGGCCGCGAGGCCGUCAACGGACUGUACGACUAUUUCAUCAGCAAGUACGGCAACGAAGAUUCAAUCCGCUUCCAGCAUGCCCGCAACAAUUUCGUGAAGAGCAUGGCUGCCUACAGCAUCAUCUCUUUCCUUCUACAGUUCAAGGACCGACAUAACGGCAACAUUAUGAUCGACGACGCAGGUCAUAUCCUUCACAUCGACUUCGGCUUCUGCUUCGAUAUCGCGCCGGGCGGGGUACGCUUCGAGCGCGCGCCCUUCAAGCUGACAGGCGAGAUGCUAGCGGUGAUGGGCGGCAGCACCGAUCACCAAUCGUUCAAGUGGUUCGAGGAGCUAUGCGUCAAGGCGUUCCUAGCGUGCCGACCGCACGCAGAGAAGCUGAGCCAGAUCGUGUUGCUCAUGAUGGAGAGCGGCCUCCCUUGCUUCAAGCCGGAGAGCGUACGGUUCUUCAAGGAGCGGUUCGUGCUCGAGAAGAAUGAGCGCGAGGCCGCCGAGUUCGUCAGAGAUCUGGUCAGGAGGAGCGCGGGAAGCUACAGCACGAUGGUCUACGACCAGUUCCAGCUCAUGACCAACGGUAUCCCCUACUAAGAGAGGGAGAUAUAGGGAGAUAUAGGGAGAGAGGAGAGGGAGUAUGUGUGUGUGGAUGAGCAAGCGGAGAGGAUGACGCAGAUCUGUUUGCCAUUUUUGUCAUGUCCCCUUUCUCUUCUUCUAGAUAUUGCGAGCAGCUUGGCGAGGUCUAUGAGAAUAUCUACGGCUAGCCCCAUGUGCGUACUACCACCUACCACCACUGUUAAUAAUAAUACCUUUAGGAUGGCGAUCAAGAGAGCUGUCGAGCGGCAUAUCCGAUAUUCCAAAGUGGUGAGACAAGGACGACCGGGUACGUUUCCUUGGGGGGUUGACUUUUAACUCGUGCUCUAUUGAUAUACGCGCUUGAUUCCGUGCUAGGUAUAUACUAUUGACCGGUUUUCCUAUCUACACGUAGAC